AUGCAGACCCUCACCAAGCUCAGCUCCAACAUGGCAUCUCCAGCAGCCCACAAGCCGCGCCGGCGGCGAAAGAUCGAGGAGGGUUCCCUCGCCCAGGUCGCACACGGUACCCUCGAUCUCGACCAGUCCACCAAUGCACGGAAGCCCGCGUUUCCUCUCGUCGCGUUUCUCUGGCCAGCCAAAGGCACCGUCUCGCAAUGGAUCACUAUACCCCUCAUAUUGAUGGCAGUCGGCCUGUUCAGAUGGACUGUCAGCUUAUGGGGUUAUUCGGGAUACCAAUCACCGCCAAUGCACGGUGACUUUGAAGCUCAGCGGCAUUGGAUGGAGAUUACGAAACAUCUGCCGGUGUCGAAAUGGUACUUUUAUGACUUGCAGUGGUGGGGACUGGACUACCCGCCUUUGACUGCAUAUCAUAGCUGGAUCUUGGGUAUCAUUGGCUCUGCUAUCAAUUCGAAAUGGUUCGCUCUCGACGAAUCACGAGCUCUCGAUGACCCUUCCCUCAAGAUAUACAUGCGAGCCACCGUCUUCGUAUCCGAAUACCUCAUCUACGUACCUGCGAUGGUCAUCUUCCUCCGUCGAUAUUCGCGACUCGAAGGAGUCAAUAUCUGGGAGUCGUCAAUUGCGCUAGUAGCUAUCUUGAUGCAACCGGGGACCAUACUGAUUGACCACGGGCACUUCCAAUACAACACUGUGAUGCUUGGAUUUGCAGUGGCAACACUCUCGAGCAUGAUCGCUGGAAGGCCGCUGUGGGGAUGUGUCUUCUUUGUUGGAGCGCUAGGAUUCAAACAAAUGGCCUUGUUCUACGCGCCUGCGGUAUUCGCAUACCUGCUGGGCAUCUGCCUCUUCCCGCGGAUCAACAUCGUACGAUUCCUUGCAAUUGCGCUGACUACUGUGGCCGCUUUCGCUGUUUUGUACCUUCCAUUCCUGGUGGGCAUCGCCUACAAUGUCCAUAACGGCUUCGACCACACUCCUCUGGAAUACCCACCUUUCCUGAACCUCAGCUGGUUCAUGACGCCGUGGGACAUGGACGCCUGGUACUUUCCCUACGUUCUGGAACUAGGACAAUCAAUACACCGCAUCUUCCCUUUCUCCCGCGGAUUGUUCGAAGACAAGGUUGCGAAUAUCUGGUGCACAAUCCACACUUUCCACAAGCUCAAUCGAUAUCCAAUCGAGUUACUUCAGCGGCUCGCGCUACUCGCCACCUCCGCUGCUAUCCUGCCACCGUGUCUGAUCAUUUUUGUUAAGCCCAAGAAGCAACUCCUUCCACUGGCGUUUGCAGCAGUCUCCUGGGGGUUCUUCCUCUGCUCAUACCAAGUACAUGAGAAGAAUGUCUUGCUUCCGCUGUUGCCUAUGACAUUGCUUCUUAGUGGAAAGGAUGGCCUGCUACCCUCCACUCGCGCGUGGGUCGGUCUUGCGAACAUGCUCGGCGUUUGGACAAUGUUUCCUCUGCUCAAGAGAGACGAUCUGCGGGUUCCGUACUUUGUCAUAUCCCUCUUGUGGGCCUAUCUUCUUGGCCUCCCUCCAGUUUCUUUCUCUGCCUAUCAGGGGGGUAGCCGAAGUGGAUUAAACGUAUUCAGCAAGAUCCUCCAUCUCAACAUCUACCUGGCCAUGAUUGGGUGGCACGUUGCAGAGGCCUUCUUUCCCCCACCAGCCGACAAACCAGACCUCUGGGUUGUCGCGAAUGCGAUUGUUGGAACAGGCGGCUUCGGUAUUUGCUAUCUGUGGUGCUUGUGGCGACUUGUAGUCAAGAGUGAGUUGUUGGGGGGAGGAAAAGACAAGACGCAGUAA